GCACCACUUCGGUCAUGUGAUCUUUUUAGUGAUUUUAUUCUUCAUCUUCGCUAAUCCCAUAGCAGAUGAUAGUGAAGAAGAUGAAAAAUAAAAUCACUCAAAAGAAGAUCACAUGACCGAAGCGGCGCCGAUACUAUAGCAGAAAGAGGCCGACAAAUCACUAUUCAUCGCUGUAGCACUUUACUGUUCAUCACUGUAGCACUUCGCUGUUCAUUACUGGAGCACUUUCACUGUUCGUCACUGUAGCACCUGCUGAAAUAGAGAGGCAACCUGAAGCAGCUGCAUGUCUAACGCAUUGAUAUUGACUGCAGUUCUGGCUCAAAAGAAUUCAGAGGCUACUCGUGCAUUAGCAAUGCCAGAAGACAUUCUUGAAAAGGAGCUUGGUGAAAUGCAGAAGGUUUUGCUGGAAAUGCAGGAUCAGCAGCAGAAACAACUCGAGCUGAUUCUUGCAAUUGGGAAGACAGGGAAACUAUGGGAAAGCCGACGGGGACCUAAUCAAGAACACACAAAUGAAUCCACAAGUUUGCCUGAGGAAGGGUCGAAGCAGUUAGAAAUCAACCAAACUAAAGCCCCUAUGAUGAGCAAGGGAACUGAAUCGUGAACAUCAGAGGAUUGUGCAAGCAGCCAAUGUAGGAUGUUAUGAUCCUCUUGCGAAUUAGCUAUCAUGGCCACGCUCCACAAUUCAGGUCUAUGAGGAAGGAACCGAAAAGAUCUGGUUCUUUUCAAAUGUGCAUUUCUUGGUAAAUUCCUGCAUCAUCAUUCUUACGAUAAGACAAAUGAUUGGGUUCGUGUUGAAAGUUGCAUGUUUUUGUGAA